AAUUCACAGAAAAUGAAGAAAAAAACCCAGAAAUUUCCUGCGCUUCUCCUCUCUCUGCUGAAAUCACCGAUAUAUAUAGGCCUGUGUAUCUACAUAUACACGUCACAACGAGAUUCAUCGAAGACCGAAGCGCGCCACCGCCGUCAGCCGUGAGUUAUGGCCGUCGCUGCACAGCCCUCGCUCCGCCUCCACCACAAUUAUGCUUCCUUUCGCAUGAAUCAAAGCUCUUUCCGUAAUCCCCAGCUCCAUCCUCCCCACCGCUCCUCUCGUGCGAGAAUUCGAGCAAGCUCUGCUGUUGCUCUGGAACCUGAAUCAACCACUGAUACUUCCUACGUUGACUUGUUUGCUUGUCCAAUUUGUUACGAACCAUUGGUACGAAAAGGUCCUUCAGGAUUCAACUUACAAGCAAUUUAUAGGUCUGCUUUUAAGUGUAGGACAUGCAACAAGUCUUACUCGAGCAAGAACAUGUAUCUUGAUCUUACUGUUACAUCUGGAACAAAGGAGUAUAAUGAGUUCCAACCAACUGGGACUGAGCUAUUCAGGAGUCCACUUGUUUCGUUCGUAUAUGAGAGGGGCUGGCGCCAAAACUUUAACCGUAGCGGUUUCCCUGGUCCUGAUAAAGAGUUCACUAUGGCUCAGGAGUACUUUAAACCAGCUGAAGGUGGAGUGCUGGUAGAUGUGAGCUGUGGCAGUGGUUUGUUUUCAAGAAAAUUUGCGAAAUCAGGGGCUUAUUCAAGAGUCGUAGCGCUUGAUUUUUCUGAAAAUAUGCUUCGCCAGUGUUAUGAUUUCAUAAAAAAUGAUGAAACUAUCUUAAGCUCGAACAUUGCCCUUGUGAGAGCUGAUGUUUCGAGGCUUCCUUUUUCAUCUGGUUCAAUUGAUGCUGUUCAUGCUGGUGCAGCCUUACAUUGCUGGCCAUCUCCUUCAAAUGCUGUUGCUGAGAUAAAUCGGAUAAUGCGAAGUGGUGGUAUUUUUGUUGGAAGUACUUUCCUUCGAGUCACUUCAUCAACGCCUACUUUCUUAAGGCCUUUCAGACAGAGAAACACAAGGAAUUAUAACUACCUGACAGAGGAGGAGAUUGAGGACCUAUGCAUCUCGUGUGGGCUCAUUAAUUACACCAAGAAAGUGGAGCAGUCUUUUAUCAUGUUCUCUGCACAAAAACCUUGAUUUCUUGCCUUGGUACCUUUCUUCCCAAAUGUAUGUGUAUGUAAACGCACCCAAAUCUAGCCAACGUUGUUGUAAUAUAAAUAUUUUGUAGGAGGUAAUUAAGUGGUUGCCUUCUCUUUCUCAA